UUUUUUUAUUUUAAGUGAACAAAUUUUACGUGUAAAAAGUAGUGGAACAAAUAUUCCAGCAAUAUUAGUUGGAAAUAAAAUUGAUUUAGCUGAUAAACGUAAAAUAACACUUGAAGAAGCUGAACAAAAAGCACAUAGUUGGUCAAUAAAAUAUAUUGAAACAUCAGCAAAAACAAAACAUAAUGUUGAUAAAGUUUUUUGUGAAUUAAUGAGAAUUGUACGACCAUUUAAAAAAGUACAUAAAAAUCUCGAUACUGAUCGUGUUGAUAUUGUUAUUGAUAAGGAAAAACAACCUAGAAAUUGUUGUCUUAUUUUAUAA